UCCUCGCUACGUUGACAGACUAGUGACGUAACUCCAAGUCCCUGAAAAACCCUAACACAGAAUGACAUGGGUUCCAUUUAGGAGCCCCUUCCCCAGUCACCAGCGUCUUCUUCAUUCCUUUGAGAAAAAACCCCGCAAAUUUCCAUUCCAUGCACUGAUUCAAAUACACCAAAUUUCAACUUCAAAUGUAUAAUUUAUGCUUUAAAGUCCACUUUUGUUGUUAAUUGAUUGAAAUUCUCUUUUUGGGGUCACCAUAUUUUGGUUUGCUAUGGGACUCUUUGUGGGUUUUUCGUUAUCUCCAUGACGUGCACAGAUUUUAACGAAAAAAACCCACAUAAACUGGGAGACCCAAUAGAAAAUCUGGCUGUAUUCAAAGAGGAGUCAUUGCUUUAAAAUACAGUAGUGGAGUGGGGUUGCAUAUGACCCUCUUUUCUUUAACUGGACCUUUCAGGGUUCGAGCAUCCACUAUUGCCAUUGCCCGUUUUCACGGUCAAACUCAAGUAGGAUCUCGCUUUUACCCUGAUAGACAGGUAAUUCAAAACCCAGAAUCUUGGUUUGUCAAAGUAGUUUCCACACUUUUUGUCAAUUCACAUUCUUUGGAUGCUUGUUUGAAUUAUUUGUGUGAAAAGUUGACACCUUUGAUUGCAUUUGAGGUAAUCAAAAGGUUUAAUAAUCCAAAAGUGGGUGUCAAGUUUUUGGAGUUCAGUAGAUUGAAUUUGAAUGUCAAUCAUUGCUAUUCCACUUAUAAUUUGCUUAUGAGGUCCUUAUGUCAAAUGGGUCACCAUGAUUUGGUGAAUGUUGUGUUUGAUUACAUGGGGAGUGAUGGGCAUUUGCCUGAUAGUAAACUUUUAGGAUUUUUGGUAACUUGGAUGGCGCAGGCGAGCGAUUUUGAUAUGGUUAAGAAAUUGCUUGCUGAGGUUCAGGGUAAGGAGGUUCGCAUUAAUUCAUUUGUGUAUAAUAAUUUGUUGAGUGUGUUGGUUAAGCAGAAUCAAGUGCACGAGGCCAUUUACUUGUUUAAAGAGUAUUUGGUAAUGCAAUCUCCUCCUGACACUUGGACUUUUAAUAUUCUUAUACGAGGUCUUUGCAGAGUAGGGGGUGUGGAUAGAGCUUUUGAAUUUUUCAAGGAUAUGGAGAGUUUUGGAUGUUUACCUGAUGUUGUCACAUAUAAUACUCUUAUAAAUGGAUUGUGCAAGGCAAAUGAAUUACAGAGAGGGUGUGAAUUGUUCAAGGAAAUUCAGUCUAGAAGUGAUUGUUCACCUGAUAUUGUGACUUAUACAUCAAUUAUAUCGGGGUUUUGCAAAUCAGGUAAGAUGAAGGAGGCCUCAAAUUUAUUUGAGGAGAUGAUGAAGUCUGGGAUUCAGCCCAAUGUGAUCACUUUUAAUGUUCUUAUUGAUGGCUUUGGCAAGAUUGGGAACAUAGCUGAAGCAGAAGCAAUGUACAGAAAGAUGGCAUAUUUUGAUUGCUCAGCUGAUGUAGUCACCUUCACUUCCUUGAUUGAUGGGUACUGUCGAGCUGGUCAGGUGAACCACGGCUUGAAGUUUUGGAAUGUGAUGAAAACAAGAAAUGUAUCUCCAACUGUUUAUACUUAUGCUGUUCUCAUUAAUGCUCUUUGCAAGGAGAAUAGACUUAAUGAAGCUCGUGAUUUUCUGGGGCAAAUAAAGAAUAGUAGUAUAAUUCCAAAACCAUUUAUGUACAAUCCUGUGAUUGAUGGGUUCUGCAAGGCUGGCAAUGUCGAUGAGGGGAAUGUGAUUCUAAAAGAGAUGGAAGAGAAGAAAUGUGACCCUGAUAAGGUGACAUUUACCAUUCUUAUUAUCGGGCAUUGCGUGAAAGGAAGAAUGUUUGAAGCAAUUAAUAUUUUUAAUAGAAUGUUGGCAACCAGGUGUGCCCCUGAUAACAUCACGGUUAAUUCUUUGAUAUCCUGCCUUUUGAAGGCUGGGAUGCCUAAUGAAGCCUAUCGCAUUAGGAAAAUGGCAUUUGAGGAUCGUAACUUGGGUUUGUCAUCUUUUGAGAAAGCUAUUCCUUUGAGGACAAAUACAGACAUCCCAGUGGCAGUUUGAAAGAGGAUGUGGUGCAAAAUUAAAAUCGGCUUGUCGGAGCUGUCAAAUGAAAAAGGCUGUUCCAUCAUCAUGCAUCUCUACCUUGUAGCAUAAAUGAGCUACAAGACGGUUUCAAACAGCUGGCAGCGUUUGCAUGUUUCAAGGCAUUGGUGGAUCACGAAUUGUAUACAAUACAGUUUUGGGGUUAAAAUUGUUUAUAUCUAAGCUGAACUUACAGGGUGAUGACCUGUGUCAUUUUUUUCCGAUCUUGGAUAGAAAUUGGGGAAAGACGGUUUUGGGGUUUCCAGUGUAUACAAGUCAAGCAGGUGGGCAGGUUGUUAAGAGCAUUAACUUUUCCAAUGUACAUCAACAAUGCCUUCCAUGUCUGAUAUGAUAUCAAAACGGAUCAAAUGGCAUGGAAGAAUCAAGCAAUGUGGCUAGUUUUAAUCAAUUUCACUUUCAGUUUGAU